AUGAAAAGCGAUUCAUCGACAUCUGCAGCCUCCCUCAGGGGCCUCGGGGGUCCCCUCCGGAGCAGCGAGCCGGUGCAUACCACCCCAGCCCUUUCGCCGGCUAUGGUUCUACUGGAGGAGGCGGCCGACCUCUUGGUGGUGCACCUGGACUUCCGCGCGGCGCUGGAAACCUGCGAGCGGGCCUUGGGGCACCUGGCCUCUGCCCAUGCUGAGGAGCAAGCCCGCACCUCCUUGGAGGUGAAAUGUUCCCUGUGUGUUGUGGGGAUCCAGGCCUUAGCAGAAAUGGAUCGGUGGCAAGAAGUCCUCUCCUGGGUCCUUCAGUAUUACCAGGUCCCUGAAAAGCUACCCCCCAAAGUCCUAGAGCUAUGUGUUCUUUUAUACAGCAAAAUGCAAGAGCCUGGAGCCAUGCUGGAUGUGGUCAGUGCCUGGCUCAGAGACCCAGACAAUCACAGCCUUCCUGAAUACAGAUUCUUGGCAGAUCUUCACCUGCAACGGGUACUGCUGCCUCUGGGAUGCUUAUCAGAGGCUGAGGAGCUAGUGGCGGGCUCUGCGGCCUUUGGUGAAGAGCAGCGGCUGGAUGCACGCCAGGCCAUUCACAUGGCCAGGCAACAGCAGAGACAUGAACACCCAGUCUCGGAGGAGGCCCAGGAGCCAAACCAGGCAGACUCCUCCUCCCACAAGUUCCUGUCAGUACUGAUGUUGCUUCGCCGGCUUUGGGAUUCUGCAGUGAGCCAUGUCUUCUCACUGCCCUUCAAAAAGAGCCUCCUGGCUGCCUUGAUCCUCUGCCUCUUGGUGGUGAGGUUUGACCCAGCGUCUCCUUCUUCCCUGCCUUUCCUGGUCAAGUUGGCUCAGAUCUUCCAUCGGAUCCGGGAGGCCAUGUUUUCGCCCCUCUACCAGCUUCCUGUCCAGGACUGA